AUGGAUCCUAUAUUUAGAUAUUUUGUGGACGAGGCAGAGGAAGAAGAGCGGCAGGCACAGUUGAGACUUCAAAGGAUAGUCUUGAGGGAUGAAUCCAAUCCUUUUGACAUGGCGGAAACACGGUUUCGAAAAUGUUUCCGGCUUCAGGAAUCUUGUCCGGCAGCUAAUUAUAGACUUUACUCCACUUACUCCAGUUCUUCGCACAAGGCUCCUAUCAAAAGACCAUCGGAGAUGAUUUUAGUACCUGUGGCCCAGCCCACAUUUAGUCGGGCAUUAAGUGAAGUAUGUUCAGCUUUGGAGGCCAUUGCCCCUCAGUGGAUUAAAUUUCCUAUAUCUGAAGCUGAAAAACAGUUUCAAUUUCCAGGGGUGAUAGGGUGUAUUGAUGGUACCCAUGUAGCCAUUGUAUCUCCCAAAAUUGAUGAACAUUUGUAUUUUAAUCUGAAGAGAUAUCACUCAAAAAAUGUGCAGAUCGUAUUUGACGCAAAUUUGAUAAUACUAAACGUUAAGGCCAAUUAUGGAGGUGCGACACAUGACUCAUUUAUGUGGCGAAAUUCCAAUUUAAGAACAGAUAUGGAGCAAUACUACCAGCGUGACCACAACUGUUGGCUGCUUGGUCACAAUGGCUAUCCUCAAGAGCCAUGGUUGAUGACUCCAAUAAGGGAUAUGCCUAGAGAAAGUCCUGAAGGCAGAUACACAGCAGCGUUAGCAAGAACCAGGAACUGUGUGGAAAGAUGUAUAGUUAGGGGCAUUGAAAAACCCAUUUCGCUGCCUACUGAAGGCGAGAGUUCUACAUUAUGA